GUCGGGUCCUCCGGUCCAGCAGGUUCGGUUGCGCUGGGAGGAGUGAGAGGCCUCGGCGCUGCGGCCGGAUCCCCGGUGCUCGAUUUCCACGGCCUCACCUGCCGGCCGGCCGGCUCUGGAGCGACUGCUGACGGGAGAGGAGGGACAGGUGGGUUGUCCAGCCCCUCAGAGUACUGACCGUAACUGGCUGAGGGUGAGAUCGACUGGCAGGGGUGAAGUCAGCCUGUCCCCAGCAACGUGAUCCUACAGACGGGCUGUGAUCGCUGGCUGGAAAGCUCUGUGAUGACGCCCUAGAGUGCUGUGGAGACUGCUCGUUGAUGGUCUGCUGGCUCGACCUCGCUGUAUCAUGUGACCUGCCGUGUGGAGGAUCCCACGGGCUGUCCUCGGGCCAGCGGGCCAUGGAUUGACCUCUGACCCGUCCGGAUGCAGAGCUGGCGAGCGAGCGGUGGGACUUCAUGAUCACAUGACUCUCGACAUGGAUACCGUCCUGUCAGACUUUGUGCGCUCGACGGGGGCGGAGCCUGGAUUGGCACGGGAUCUGCUCGAAGCAAACGCUGCCGGUGUGACGGCCUCCGCUCGCCCCGCAGGUAAGAACUGGGACCUGACGGCGGCUCUCAGCGACUUCGAGCAGCUCCGGCAGGUGAACGGCGGCAACCUGCCCUACGCCUUCAACGAGGGGCGCGGGGUCAAAGCGCAGGAUAAGGAGCGGCCGCCAAGACCCCCGCUGCAGCGGCCGGAGGAGGCCGGGCAAGAGAAGCGGCUGACUCGGGGUAUCUCCCACGCCAGCUCCACCAUCGUGUCGCUGGCCCGCUCCCACAUGUCCAGUAACGGGAACGGCGAGCACUCCCUGGAGACGCCCAUCUGCACCUUCCAGCUGCCAGACCUGACUGUGUACCGGGAGCAGUUCCGCAGCUUCAUCGAGCGCGACCUCAUCGAGCAGUCCAUGCUGGUCGCCCUGGAACAGGCAGGUCGGCUGAACUGGUGGGCACAGGUGGAUGCUGGCUGCCAGCGCCUACUCCCCCUCGCCACCACUGGCGAUGGCAACUGCCUGCUUCACGCUGCUUCCCUGGGGAUGUGGGGGUUCCACGACCGGGAUCUGAUGCUGAGGAAGGCCCUGUACUCCACCAUGGGCAGAGGGGCGGAGAAAGAGGCACUGAAGAGGAGGUGGAGGUGGCAGCAGGCACAGCAGAACAAGGAGUCGGGCCUGGUGUACACGGAGGAGGAGUGGCAGAAGGAAUGGUACGAGCUGAUCAAGUUGGCGUCCAGCCAGCCGCGCAUUCACUACGGCAGCAACGGCAAUGGCUGUGGAGGGAGAAUGGUGACAGCAACCUUCCCAGCGUUGAACAGUGUGGACGGCACCGAGGAGCCGGUGUACGAGAGCCUGGAGGAGUUCCACGUCUUCGUCCUGGCGCACGUGCUGCGGAGGCCCAUCGUGGUGGUGGCGGACACCAUGCUCAGAGACUCGGGCGGAGAAGCCUUUGCCCCGAUACCGUUUGGUGGCAUUUACCUGCCUCUUGAGGUCCCAGCGAGCAAGUGUCACCGGUUACCCCUGGUCCUGGCCUACGAUCAAGCCCACUUCUCCGCCCUGGUCUCCAUGGAGCAGCGGGAGCCCAACAAAGAGCAAGCCGUCAUCCCCCUGACUGAUUCCGAAUACAAGCUGCUUCCAGUUCACUUUGCCGUGGACCCCGGGAAGGACUGGGAGUGGGGCCGAGAUGACAACGACAAUGAACGGUUGGCCAGUGUGAACAUCUCCCUAGAAGCCAAGCUACAUCUACUGCACUCCUACAUGAACGUGACCUGGAUACAGGUGCCCUGCGAGACGCGGCAGGCCCCCCUGGCUCAGCCCGAGUCUCCCAGCGCCUCGGGAGGGGACGACGGCCGCUCGGUGGCCGAGUCGGGCGAGUCGGACAAGGAGUCGGUCUGCAGCGGCUCCAACGGCGGCGGCGGCGGGGGCCGGGACCGGGACAAGUGCCGCCGAGACAAGGAGAGCAGGAGGGCCGAGUCGGUGGCCAACAAGCUGGGCAGCUUCGGCAAGAGCCUGGGCAGCAAACUGCGGCGGAACAUGGGCUUCAUGCACGGCAAGGGGGGCCGGGGAGGGUCGGGGUCGGGGUCCGGCUCCGGGUCCGGCUCCGGCUCCGGGACCGGGGGCGGGGGUCCGGACAAGGGCAGGAAGAAAGGGUCGCUGAAGGGGCAGAAGGGGGGCUCCCCGGCCGGGACGGGGUCGGGGUCCGGGUCCGGGACCGGGACCGGGGUCUCGCCCAGCCCGGGGCCCGAGGGGGGCCCGUACGGCAGCGACGUCCAGCUCAGCCUCAGCAUCCUGCGGGCCGCCCUGCAGGGCGAGCGCAAGUUCAUCUUCACCGGGCUGCUGAGCGCCAGCCACCGGCACCCCUUCCAGGAGGAGAUGAUCCAGCGCUACCUGAGCGACGCCGAGGGCCGCUUCCUCGCCGAGCAGGAGGCGGCCAGGGAAGAAAUCCAGCCCGCGGCUCCUCCGGAAGGACUAGGCCUCGCCCAGGCCCCGGACUCUCCCGCCAGCCCUGCCCAGCAGCAGCAGCAGCGGCCGCCGGGACUGCUGAGCAUCCCCAGGCCCACCCUGGUCCCCGACGCUCGGCGGCAGCUGGCCGGGGGUUCGAGGCCCUGCGGCCGGGAGCGCGGGCGGCUGGAAGCGGCGGUGGCGGCGGCGGCGGAGGAGGAGGGGCAGGAGGAGGAGGAGGGGGGGGAGGAGGUGGGGGACGGGGCAGGGCCCGGGGACGGGGCCCCCCGCCCGGCGCAGCCCCCCGUUCACCAGACCAAGUGCCGGCAGCUCAACUGCACCUUCUACGGGCACCCGGAGACGGGCAACUACUGUUCCUGCUGCUACCGGGAGCAGCUGCGCCGGAGGCAGCGCGACGGCCUCCCGCACCAGCUCUGAGCCCCGGGGAGGGGGGGUCCCACCCCCGGCCCUAGGGGUCUCACCCCCGGCUACCCUCUCCCCGCUCUCCUCUCGCUCUACCC